AUGGUUGAAUUGACUGACAUUACUGACGAAAGUAAGAACUUUAAGACCCCUAAGGAGCAGCAACCAGCUGCUAACGACGACAAGGCCGGUGAUCUAUCGGACGACGAAUACGGUAGUGAUUUUGAAGAUGAUUACGAUGAGAAUGAAACUAUUGCUGACAGACUAGUGGCUCUUAAAGAUAUCAUCCCUCCAAAGCAGAGACAAAAUAUUUCCAGCUUAUUCAACACUGCAUCCUCUUUGGUGAAAUCUUUCUUCUCUAAGAGCGGUAACGUGGCAUGGACAGUAACAACAUCAGCUCUAUUACUCGGUGUUCCUUUGUCACUUUCUAUACUCGGUGAACAACAAUUGAUUGAAAUGGAAAAGAGUUUUGACUUGCAAAAGGAUGCAAACGAUCUACUGGCACAGGGUGACAACAAUGGUCAAUCUGCACCAGCUACUGCUUAA